AUGGCCUCCUCUGCCAUGGACAAGCGCCAGACCUUCGUGCAGUCCGUGUCCAAGGAGCUGAUCGGACAGUUCCUGAAAUUCAUUCAACUCGAUGAGAACAUCCACUGCUUUACUGACGAGAGUGUAGAUGGCUUGUGUGAGUCUGAGAGGGCUGGGCAGAUCACAGCAGCCUACAGGAAGCAACAGCUGAGGUCCUGUGAGUUUAAAGUCAAAAGUGAAGGGCAGCUGCAGCCACAAAUAUCCUUGGCCCUCAUUGCAUCCUGCAGGAACCCACAGAGUAGAGACUCUUCAGACCCCUUCAACCUGAGUGAGUUAAUAGACGAAUUAUCCAGGAAGCAGAAGGAGGAGCUCUGGCAGCAACUGCGGAGCCUGCUGACAGACGUGCUGUUGGAAAGCCCAGUGCAUAGCUGGCAGAAUGUGGAGCCCAAGGAUGAAGAUUCUGUGGACACGAAGCAUGACUCAAAAAUGAAACAUAAUGUAGAAAUAAUUCAGGCAAUCACAUCUGUGGUUCUUGCUUCGCUGUCUGUGAUAAAUGGAAAUGACAACUAUGAGUCUUUGCUGGAGUGUGCUGUCAUACUCAAUGGUAUCUUGUACGCAUUACCAGACUCUAUGCAGGCACUCAGGAACUCAAUUCAGGACCUGUGCGUCAUGUGGUGGCAGAAGGGCCUACUUGCCAAAGAGGACAUGGGGAAGACGGCGUUUGUCAUGCUCUUAAGGAGGAGUCUGGAGACAAAAACUGGUGCAGACAUAUACCGGCUUUGGCGUAUCCACCAAGCUUUGUAUUGUUUUGAUUAUGACUUGGAGGAAAGCAGGGAAAUUGAAGACAUGCUUCUUGAGUGUUUCAUAAAUGUGAACUGGAUCAAGAAAGAAGAGGGAAGAAGAUUUCUUAGUUCUCUCUUCAGCUGGAAUAUAAAUUUUAUUAAAAUGAUUCAUGAGACCAUUAAAAAUCAGUUACAGGGAUUGCAAAGAUCUUUGAUGGUGCACAUUGCAGAAAUUUACUUCAGAGCUUGGAAAAAGGCAUCAGGAGAAAUGCUAGAGGUGAUCGAGAACACAUGCAUCCAGGACUUCAUGUAUCACGGGAUCCACCUACCACGGACAUCUCCGGUGCACACCAGAGUGCGGGAGGUGCUGAGUUAUUUUCACUGUCAGAAGAAGGUUCGGAAAGGCGUGGAUGAGAUGCUUCAUAGGCUCUACAAGCCCAUCCUCUGGAGAGGACUGAAGGCCAGAAACUCUGAAGUCCGGUCAAAUGCCGCCCUGUUGUUCAUUGAAGCCUUUCCCAUUCAUGACCCGAACUUCAGUGCUGUUGAGAUGGAGUGCGAGAUCCAGAAGCAGUUUGAAGAGCUCUACAGCCUUCUAGAUGACCCUUCUCCGAUGGUUCGUUCCAGAGGUGUCUUGGGUGUGUGUAAAGUCACCGCUCAGUACUGGGAAAUGAUACCCCCCACCAUUGUCAUUGACCUCCUCAAAAAGCUGACUGGGGAGCUGACUUUGGACACGAGCUCUGCUGAUGUGCGCUGUGCAGUGUUCAAGUGCCUGACCAUAGUUUUGGAUAACCAAUUAAGCCAUCCGUUAUUAGAGCAGCUUCUUCUGGCCCUGAAGUACAGUCUCCAUGACAAUUCUGAGAAAGUAAGAGUGGCUUUUGUUGACAUGCUGCUGAAAAUCAAAGCUGAGAGGGCUGCAAAGUUUUGGAUGAUAUGCCCCAUGGAACAUAUCUUGGCUCGUCUGGGGCUGGACUCCAGGCCUGUGUGUCAGCGUCUGGUGAGCCUCAUCUUUACCUCAUUCCUGCCUGUGAACCAACCCACGGAGGUCUGGUGUGAGCGCUGUGUCACACUGCUACAGAUGAACCACGCAGCUGCCAGGAGGUUCUACCAAUAUGCCCACAAGCACACAACCUGCUCCAACAUAGCGAAGCUGAUGCAUGCGAUCCGCCACUGCUUGAAUGCCUGCAUCCAGAGGGCUCUGCGAAAGGAGGGCCAGGAGGACGAGGAACAGGAGGAGAAUAUGAGCGUUCUGGACAAAACUCUGUCAGUCAACGAUACUGCAGUCAUGGCGGGUUUAUUAGAAGUCAUUGUGAUCCUUUGGAAAAGUAUUCACUGUAGUCUGGAAAACAAUAAAGAGGCCAAAGUCUACACCAUUAAUAAGUUUGCAUCUGUGCUCCCCAAGUACCUCAACGUGUUCAAGGACCACCGCUGCCAGAUCCCUCUGUUCAUGCUCAUGGCCUUCCUGCCUGCCACUGCCGUGCCCACGUUCAGUUGUGACGUGACCUCCAUGCUGAGGACCCAGGAGGAAGGCUCAACCAGUCAGACCUACUGCAUGCUCCUGGACUGCCUUUGCUCCUGGGGGCACAUCGGGCAUGUGCUGGAGCUGCUGUUGGACUGGCUGCCCCAAGGACAGCCCCCCAGCAAGAGCAGCUCAGCUCUUAAACAGAAAAUGCAUGACCCACGCCCAGCAAAGCCAGGACUGGCCUUGGUGUACCUCGAGUACCUGCUCACCCACCCCAAGAACCGGGAGUGUCUGCUCUCUGCUCCUCAGAAGAAGCUCAGCCAGCUCCUGAAGGCUCUUGACACCUCGAAGGCAGAUCUGGAAUCCAUCCUGCAGUUGCCUGUGGGGAGGCCUCCACACUUCAGCGAGGCCACUGCUCUGCGCGCUUUCAACCUGCACUGCCGGCUGAGUAUCCACAUCCAGCACAAGUUCUGCUCUGAAGGCAAAGUGUGCUUGUCCACUUUGGAAGACACGGGAUUUUGGCUCGAAAGUAAAGUCUUCUCUUAUAUUCAAGACCAAGAGGAAGAAUAUCUGAAGCUGCACAGGGUUGUUUAUCAGCAGAUCAUUCAGACCUAUCUGGCAGUGUGUAAAGACGUGGUAAUGGUUGGCCUUGGGGACUGCAAGUUUCAGACACAACUUUUACAGCGGAGCCUGGGGAUCAUGCAAGCAGUGAAGGGAUUCUUUUAUGUCACAUUACUUCUGGGCAUUCUAAAAGAGGUGACUAGACAGUCCUGGAUUCAGAAAAUAAAAUCUGAUGAAGAAGUGACAACACUGUUUGACAUGGUCCAAAAAGUGUUCCAGAAGAUGCUUGAAUGCAUGGCCCGCAGCUUCAGGAAGCAACCGGAAGAAGGCCUGCGGCUCCUUUACUCUGUGCAGACUCCUCUGCAUGAAUUCAUCACCACAGUUCAGUCCUGUCACUUGGACAUGCCCGUGCACCGGGGUGUGCUAUCCACCUUGAUUGCCGUAUCAGUGGUGGAGAUUAGUCACCAGCUACGGAAGAUUUCCGAUCUGGAGGAGCUGACGACCCCGGAGUGUCUGACAGACCUGCCACCAUUUUCAAAGUGUUUAGUAGAAAUCAUCCUAAAAUCUCCAAAUGUGGUCAGGUCAUUUUUAGAUGAAUUGAAGGCAUGUGUUACUUCUGAUGAUAUUGAAGGCAUUGUUUGUCUCACAGCAGUUCUGCAUAUUAUUCUAGUUCUUAAUAAAGAAGGUAGACACAAGAGCUCCAAAGUACUGGACACGGCAGCUACAGUUCACAGGAAACUGAAGACUUUCAUGGAGAUCACACUGGAGGAGGACAGCCUGGAGAGGUUUCUCUACCAACAGUCAUCAAGAACUUUGAGAGAAUUCUUGAAUUCUUAGUCAAGAUAAAAUUUUUGAUUAGUUAGGAAGAGACAAAUGAAAUGAACAUGUAUUUUUGUACUUUUAAAAAUAAUUUGUAAUAGAGAUGGGGUGUGAGUGGAAGGCUUUUUGCUGAGUGUGUAUAUAAGUGAGAUAUUUAAUGUCAGGAACUUCAAGUGUGGGGCCGGAGAAGUAACAUGGAGGUAAUGCAUUUGCCUUGCAUGCAGAAGGACAGUGGUUUGAAUCCUGGCAA